UCCGCUGUUGUUGUUGUGGUUGGCGUGGCUGUGGCCUACAGCAGCCGUUUUUCUGCUAAUAAAGACGACCUUUGUUGUGAAUAUCGCCGACUGUGGAAGUGUGUUUACAACGUUACAUUAUCAUCUAAGGCAACAUCUAAAUAACUUGGCUGAAAUCGGGGGGAAACGCCAUCACUGAUCUGGAGCCAGUCUUUGUUGUCUGUUUGGACUGUUCUGGCGCCUGCGCACUUCGAAGUUUGUCUGCGUGUCAUGUUGAAUGCUAAAGCUGGAUAGUCAACAUGUCCACCGCGGCGGCUCAACAAAACAAUAACGAAGAACCCGGGCUUCAGGGGUCCUGGGUAGAGCUGGAGCUGAAUGGGAAUACAGGGGCCCAGGGGAGGCAGACUGACCUGCUAAUAACACCCGCUGCAGACCAAAUAAAUGCAAAUUCUGGUGUGAGUCAAACUCUGCCGACCUUGGAAGUGGUGCCUGAAAGUGAUGAAACCCUAAUUGGAGGACUGGAGCAUGUGCCAUCAUCCUCCUCGAUCCACAAUGGGGACAUGGAAAAGAUCCUCCUGGAUGCACAGCACGAAUCCAGCCCGAGUAACUCCUCCUGCGAUAGUCCUCACAGGCCACCAAGUCCAGAGCAGGAUGAGGGUCAGAUAACAUUUGAUGUGGAAAUGUCCAGCCCAAGAGGUAGUCAGUCAGAGGAAGAUUGUGCAGAGAAGGACAGAGAGGAAGACAUUUUGAUGAACAGAGAAGUAGACUGGGUUGCUGACUGGUCAAGCAGACCUGAAAACAUUCCUCCAAAGGAGUUCCACUUCAGGCACCCCCGACGUUCAGUUUCUCUAAGUAUGAGAAAGAGUGGAGUCAUGAAGAAAGGCGGCAUCUUCUCUGCUGAGUUUCUCAAAGUCUUUAUCCCUUCCUUACUCAUCUCACACAUCCUGGCUCUUGGCCUCGGAGUGUACAUUGGGAAGAGAAUUGCAACAGCUGCCACCAGUUCCUACUGAGAAGAAAAUGAUGCAGUGCCUAGAUGUUCUCCCUUCUCCAAGUCACUCAGCCGUCCUUGUGUGGUCAAGCUCUCUGUCUCUGCAUCCAUCGUACACCCGCAUUUCCCUUCCAAUCAACAUUAAAUUAUAUCACAUCGUAGAUGUAGUUGUACACAUGAUGUAAUGUGGUUGCGCUCCAUCGGAUUUUGACAAAGGACAACACUGUACGCACAGUUGUCACAAACUUGAAUGCGGUCCGUAACAAACUCCGUUCCACCUGGAAAUAUAUUAGUCAUCUGUUUGACUAAAAAAAAAAUUCAAGACUAGAGGAUUUCAGAUGAAGUGGCUUCAGGGUUGUAGUUUCUUUAUUUGUCUUGUUAAGUUACAAGAAAUCAGACUCUCCUCUGUUGUCUUGGUAAUUAACAUCUGCAACACAAACUAAUUAAUUGGCUCUGGGAACAAAAGGGACUUUAAUCGCCUUAACUUAUUGAGCUUAACAUUCAAGGUGCAGCGAGUGGGUGGCGGGAGGGCUCGUGGUGCUGCACUGUGGGAUCAGUUUUUAAAUUCCACACAUUUUUAACAAUAGAAGUUCUAUCUUUUUGACCACAGAGGGUUUAAAAGCUUUGUUUGGGUUUUAUUGAAGGUUGGAAAGCUUAAACAUUUAUCUUGUAUGUAGCUCCAGAAAUUUACAGAGAGGUAGUUGGAAUAUUUUAUGAUAGUGGCAACCUAAAGGCCGGAAGGCAAUAUACCAGGCCAUAUGCUAUUUUUAUUCAUUUUUGCCUACAUAUCUUCUUCUUUAACACAUAAUAUAGCAUCAGUGGCAAAGUGCCAAAUUUUUAUUCUUCACCACUGCACAUUGGUGAUUUAUCUUUAGACUUAUUUUUUAUUUUCUUAUCUGUUUAGGUAUUUAAAGAUGUAGAUGUGAAAAAUAAUUUAAGCUGUGAUCUGCCCCAUAUAAUAGACACCUUUCAACAUUGUAUAACCUGUUUAUACAGUGAUUCUAAUGCAUAUUAUAUCUCAUGCAUUGUGGCAGUGUAAGUAAUGUGUUUUUGCUGUUGUUUAAUUGAAGCUUCAGUGGCAGAAAGCGUCGCCACAGAGGAAGAGGUUUCUAGGGGCCUCGUUGAAGAGUGUUAUCAGACUUUUAUCUGGAUUUCACUGUACAAUCAUUUCAGAUAGCGAACAGUGUCUGUGUAACUUUUAGAAAAAUUGUAGAAAUGAUUUCCUUGAGAAAAUGCAUGCUUUCCUGUAUAUUGAUGCUGAUAUACAGGCUGGAUUAUUCUGUCAGUGUUUGUAAAUGGAUGACGCAUAAGAAAUAUGAAAAACUGGCUAUAACAUACAGUAUUGACUGUUGGCAGUGUUGGUUUGGAAGCACUCAUAUUAACUCUUAAACUGUGCAUGUUUAAACAGGCUUAUGUACAGUUGAUAAGUGUGCAAUACUCAGCAUUUUGGAAUAUAAAGUUUGUACUGUAUACACUGGCUGAUAUAUAAAUACAAAGGAAGUGGAUGGAGCUCCAUUGAACUUAAUUAAUUUUUCCAGUAUAUAAAGGGCACAUAUCAUCAUAAUGGGCUUCUGCACAGCUGAAUAGUGCGCAGUGUGGUAAAACUUGAACGGACUUUGUACUGAGUGCAGAGGCUGCUGUCUUCAGCAGGUCAUUUACAUUACGUCACCAUUAAACAAAGCACUCGGCAUAAUAAGGAUGAACGUGAACAUGUGUGAAUGCUUUAUGUGUGAAGCUAUAUUAACACAGUCCAAAAUAAAAUGUCUGUUGCUUCCUC